GGGCGGCAUGUGGCGGGGGCUGCCGGUGCUGGCCCUGGCCGGGCUGCUGCUGCUGGGGCGGGCGCCGGCGGGCCGGGGGGCGGCCUGCGAGCCGGUGCGCAUCCCGCUCUGCAAGCCGCUGCCCUGGAACAUGACCAAGAUGCCGAACCACCUGCACCACAGCACGCAGGCCAACGCCGUGCUGGCCAUGGAGCAGUUCGAGGGGCUGCUGGGCACCAACUGCAGCCCCGACCUGCUGUUCUUCCUCUGCGCCAUGUACGCGCCCAUCUGCACCAUCGACUUCCAGCACGAGCCCAUCAAGCCCUGCAAGUCCGUGUGCGAGCGCGCCCGCGCCGGCUGCGAGCCCGUCCUGCUCCGCUACAGCCACGCCUGGCCCGACAGCCUGGCCUGCGACGAGCUGCCCGUCUACGACCGCGGCGUCUGCAUCUCCCCCGAGGCCAUCGUGACCGCCGAGGGCGCGGAUUUCCCUAUGGAUUCCAAUAACGGCAACUGUAGAGGUGCAGGCAUUGACCGCUGCAAGUGCAAGCCUGUGAAAGCCACGCAGAAGACCUACCUGCGCAACAACUACAACUACGUCAUUCGGGCUAAAGUGAAGGAGGUGAAGACCAAAUGCCACGAUGUCACUGCAGUGGUGGAAGUGAAGGAGAUCCUGAAGUCUUCCCUAGUGAACAUUCCAAAGGACACUGUAAACCUCCACACGAAUUCUGGCUGCCUGUGUCCCCCCCUCAGUGCCAAUGAGGAGUACAUCAUUAUGGGCUACGAGGACGAGGAGCGCUCCAGGUUACUCUUGGUGGAAGGCUCCAUAGCUGAGAAGUGGAAGGAACGUCUUGGUAAAAAGAUAAAGCGCUGGGAUCAGAAGCUGCGGCUGCCCGGGAAGGGCCGGGCAGAGCCGGGCCCCAGCGCGGCCCCAAGGGCGGGCAGUGCCCGCUCGGCCCCGGCCCGCAGCUAGGAGCACCAAGGAUGCGUGGAUGGAUGCAUGGAUGGAUGCAGGGAUGCUGCCGUGCCGCCGGGACACGCAGGGGACUGUCUACCAAGACUUCGUUGUCGGAGCAGCAAAGGAGAAAUUGCACUAUUGCACGUUAUAUUCUAUUGUUUACUACAAAGUAUUGGGUUAGCUUUUAUUAGGUUUUGUUCUCCCUCUUUGUUUGCCACCUGUUUCUUUUCGGAUAUGUGCAAGUUCUGGAAAUGUAUAUUUUUUUUUUUUCUGUUGCUAAGAACUGUAGAAAACUGCCCUUAUGAGAUGAAGAUAUAUUCAAUUUACCUUUUUAUCUCCUGAAUCUUCUUCGGGAGAAAAUUCUGAUGCGAGCAGGAAUGAAAUCUGGCCAACAUCAUUGGCUUUCCCUGUUCACUCUUUCUUGGUCACUGUUUGCUGAAACUUGCUCUCUGUUGGGUAAGUUGUUAUCUGGGUUUAAGUGUAUCAUUUUUAUUCUGAAAUACAUUUUUAAGAGAACUGUUUGAAUCAGUACAGCUUUAUUAAGUUGUCUUACAGAUAAACCACUUGCAUGAGGCAGAGUCUGACUUUAAAUAUUUCCUGCAACAAGCACAAUGUGCACGUAUAGAGGGAACCUGGGUUUUCCAGUGCUUUGGGCCUUAAAGGAAAUAUUAUCUAGUUCUGUAACUUAUAACUAAAUUUAUGCUUCUUCUCUUAUAAUGGCAGUUUUUUCCCCUUUUCUCAGCUGAGUUAUAGGAGUAGACGACUCACCAGGCCUGCUUCUCAGCACAGGUCUGCAGUUUAGCCUUUUGAUUUUGUGGUGUUAUUCUUAAAUCCAUGCCUACAUAAACAUGUGUUCAAUGCUCAGUAACAUAUGUCCAAUAAAAGAAUUGUAGUUGCCAACACA